UAUUUGUCCACCUGACUGGCGCUCCUCUCCUCAGUCACCGCCUGCAGAGCAAACAGCAUGGACUGACUGAACUCUGCUGAAACUCUUCAACACAACUUCAACAACACGGAGGCAAGACUCCUGCCUGACAGGUUGAGUCAAAGAGGAGUUUUCAACGCCACUGCAACAGAAACACAUGACUCAUGCCGUCACACCGCAGGGUGAGGAGCCUCUCUGAGGCCUUGACGCUGGAGCGAUCAGAGGAGGGGGGGCUGGUCAUAUCCAGCAUCAAUGACAGUGCCUCAGCCAAUCAGGGAUUGAAGGAAGGGGAUGAAAUUUUGGGAGCAACAAUUAAUUUUGAUCAACUGUCAAAAGAGGAGGUCUUAAAAGUACUGAAACUGAUGGAGCCGUUUGAUGACAAGGUGCGAGUCCUCACGCGGAACAACAUCAGCAAGAGCGUCGGGCACCUAGACCAGUGUGCCAAGAGUCCUGACAUGAUGCUGAAGGAUUCCUACAGCAAACUCUACAAUGCCAAAAUCAAGAAGUUUAUGAGAGGUGACUUGCCUGGUGAAGAAAGCUGUGAGAACAGUGAGGUCACUGCCCAGCCAACUGUACCAUCCUCAUCCAAGGUCAACCUAAAACACGACAUGGGGUUGCCUCGCCUUGGUAUUGACUUUGGACUUCUGAAAACCAAGACUUUGAGCACAGACAUUAAUGAUGACACACAAUUUAAUGAUGGUGGAGAAUUAACAUAUGGCAGCAAUCUGAACCUUCCACCAUUGGGUCUUGGCUUGAAUGGAACUUCUCUAAGUGGAGCUCAGGUAAAAAGACUGAAAGUCAAUGUUAGAAGUCCAAAGCUUAAUCCUCCAGACUUCCCUCCAUCAGGAACAUUGCCAGAGUGUCCAAAUGUCAACACUACAGUUGGUAAUCAACUGGCCAACAUCGACAUUCCAUCUGUUGACUCGACAAUGCCAAAUCUUGAAAGACCUCAAAUUGGACUGGAUAGCAAUGGAACUUUUCAGAGCUCUGGAAGCAGGUAUGGACUUUCAGAUUCAGAUGUUAGUACCCCUGACAUGGGGAUUAACCUUAAUGGGGGAAAUAUUACUGGUCCAUCCUUUGACACUGGUGUUCCCAAAGUAGCCAUUGAAGAAACAUACAAAGAAUUUAAAAUGCCAAAAUUCAAACUGCCAGACCUAGGCCUGCCUGGACCUUCUUUUACUGGUCCAGAAUGUGAAGUCCAGACACCAGGUGUAGGAACUCCAGAUGUUCCUUCAGGUAAACUCAGUCUCAAGCAUUCCAAGAGACUGAAAACCCCAGAUCUAAAUGUGGAUGAUCCUUCCAACUAUGCAGAAUCACCUGAGCUCAGGCUUUCUGGGAGAUUCCCUGGUUUAGAUCCAGGUGUUGAUCUAAAUGGGCUGGACAUUGACAUGUCUUCAGGACAAUUCAAAGUGCCAAUGAAGAAAUCAAAUAUGGAUCUCAAAUCUCCGGAUUUAGAUUUAGAUGCCCCAUCUGAUAAAUUCACCAUGCCCAAAUUUGGGGUGUCAGGCAAAAGUGAAACUCAUGUUAGAACACAUGACCUGAGUCUCAAAGCACCAAAGAUAAAAGGUGGGAUUCGUGCACCUGGUGUAAAUCUACCCAAAGCUGACCUGAAAGGACCAAAUUUAGCCAUUGACACUCCAUCCGUUGACAUCAAAGGUCCAUCUGGAAAAUACAAGGCUCCUAAAUUUAUGAUGCCCAAAUUUGAUUUACCAGACAUUAAAGUUCCAGAUUUUAAUGCAGAUUUAGUGGGAUCAGAUAUGCGGUUAGCAGCACUAGAUGUCAAAGCUGGAAUUGCAGACCCAAAUACUGACUUAAAUGUACCCUCAACUGACUUGGAUAUUGUAAGCCCAUCUGGAAAACUUAAAAUGCCAGGCUUCGGGCUAUCAGGGCCUAAAGUUAAAGGCCCUGAAUAUGAGUUUAAAACUCCAGACGUGGAUGUAUCUGCACCCAAGUUUAAAGGGGGCAUCAAUUUGCCUGGUGGUGAUCUCAAAGACCAAAAGCUAGGCCUUAAUACCCCUGAUGUGGAUGCUCCCUCUGGCAAGUUUAAACUGCCAAAAUUCAAGCUCUUUGGUACAUUACCAAAGAAGAAAGAUGUGGAUAUCAAUGCAGGGAUGAAAACGCCUGAACUAAGUUUGAAAUCCCCAAAGAUAAAGGGCAUAGAUACUCCUGAUGUGAGUGUACCAAAUAUGGAUCUCAAAGCUCCAAAUUUAGACCUCCAUUCUCCAGAUGUAAACAUUGGUUCUCCCAAAGGAAAAUUCACAAUGCCAAAGCUGAAAAUACCAAGCUUAGAUGUGCCUGGUCCAAAAGGAUCAAACACUGACAUAGAUGCAUCUCUGAACAGACCAGACCUACCAUCUGGUGGUCUUGAUAGAGAUUUUUCUAAGCCAGAUUUUGACAUUGAUGCACCUUCACUUGAUCUCAGAGGCCCAAAGUCAAUGCUGAAAAUGUCUGAUGCUGAUAUUGGAGGUCCAUCAGGAAAAAUUAAGAUGCCAAAUUUUACAAUGCCAGAUUUUGGACUUCCAGGACCAAAGAUGAAAGGGCUUAAUGGUGAGCUAAAGACUCCAGACUUUGAUCUUUCAGCCCCCAACUUUAAGGGUGCUAUUGAUUCCCCAGAUUUGAGUUUGCCUGAGAUGGCCUUUAAAAAAAACAAACUAGAUCUUUCUGGCCCGGAUGUCAAUUUAGAUAUGCCUUCAGGUAAAUUCAAGGUGCCAACAGUGGAGAAACCAAAUAUUGACGUAAAUGCUCCUGACUUGCAUAUUGAUGCUCCCUCAAGCACAUUUCAGAUGCCGAAAGUGAACGUUCCAGGCACGUUGCCAAAGGGACCACAUUUGGAUGGUGACACACAUCUAAAAUCUCCAGAUCUGAGUCUGAAAGCUCCAAAAAUAAAGGGAGGAAUUGAUGCCCCUGACUUGGACUUACCAAGACCUCCGAAGUUAGAUGUGAACACUCCAAAUGUCAGCAUUGGUUCACCCAAAACAAAAUUAAAAAUGCCAAAAUUAAAAAUGCCUAAAUUCAGUCUUCCAAGCCUAAAAGGACCUGAGAUCGAUCACAGUUUUGAUGGUCCAGACAUGGAUGUUGAUACACCCAAUGUCAGUCUUAAAGGGCCUAAAGCUGAUUGGGAAAUGCCGAGUGGGCCAUCAGGAAAAUUCAAGAAGCCAAACUUGAAUCUGCCUGACUUCGGUCUCUCUGGUCCAAAGUUAGAUGGUCCUAACCUUGACCUCAAAUCCCCUGAUCUAGAUAUCUCUGGUCCCAAUCUCAGUGGCGGUAUAAAUGCACCCGACAUAAACAUGCCCAGGGCUGAUCUCAAAAGUCCUAAAUUUGACCUCAACACCCCAAAGCUCAACUUAGACAUGCCAUCAGGUAAACUAGAAAUGCCAGAGCUUCAUGCUCCAGAAUUGGAUGUCAAUGCUCCCUCAGGCAAAUUGAAAAUGCCUAAAUUCAAUCUUUCAGGUACAUUACCAAAAGGACCAAAUAUGGACAUAAACACAGAUCUGAAAUCACCAGAUUUGAGUCUGAAAGCUCCAAAGAUGAAGGGUGGAAUUGAUGCCCCUGACUUGGACUUACCAAACAUGGGCCUCAAAGCUCCAAAGUCAGAUGUGAAUCCUCCAGAUAUCAAUAUUGGUUCACCCAAAGGAAAAUUUAAAAUGCCAAAAUUAAAGAUGCCUAAAUUUAGUCUUCCAAGCCUAAAAGGACCUGGGAUCGAUCACAGUUUUGAUGGUCCAGACAUGGAUGUUGAUGCACCCAAUGUCAGUCUCAAAGGUCCUAAAGCUGACUUAGAAAUGCCGACUGCUGAUAUCACUGGGCCAUCAGGAAAAUUCAAGAAGCCAAACUUGAAUCUGCCUGACUUCGGUCUCUCUGGUCCAAAGUUAGAUGGUCCUGACCUCGACCUCAAAUCACCUGCUAUAGGUAUCUCUGGUCCCAAUCUCAGUGGCGGUAUAAAUGCACCAGACAUAAACAUGCCCAGGGCUGAUCUCAAAAGUCCUAAAUUUGACCUCAACACCCCAAAGCCCAACUUAGACAUGCCAUCAGGUAAACUAAAAAUGCCAGAGCUUCAUGCUCCAGACUGGGAUGUCAAUGCUCCCUCAGGCAAAUUGAAAAUGCCUAAAUUCAAUCUUUCAGGUACAUUACCAAAAGGACCAAAUAUGGACAUAAACACAGAUCUGAAAUCACCAGAUUUGAGUCUGAAAGCUCCAAAGAUGAAGGGUGGAAUUGAUGCUCCUGACUUGGACUUACCAAACAUUGACCUCAAAGCUCCAAAGUUAGAUGUGAAUCCUCCAGAUGUCAAUAUUGGUUCACCCAAAGGAAAAUUAAAAAUGCCCAAAUUCAAGCUUCCUGAAUUUAGUCUUCCAAACCUAAAAGGACCUGGGAUCAAUCACAGUUUUGAUGGUCCAGACAUGGAUAUUAAUGCACCCAAUGUUAGUCUCAAUGGUCCUUAUGCUGAUUUGGAAAUGCCGACUGCUGAUAUCACUGGGCCAUCAGGAAAAUUCAAGAAGCCAAACUUGAAUCUGCCUGACUUCGGUCUCUCUGGUCCAAAGUUAGAUGGUCCUAACCUUGACCUCAAAUCACCUGAUCUAGAUAUCUCUGGUCCCAAUCUCAGUGGCGGUAUAAAUGCACCAGACAUAAACAUGCCCAGGGCUGAUCUCAAAAGUCCUAAAUUUGACCUCAACACCCCAAAGCCCAACUUAGACAUGCCAUCAGGUAAACUAAAAAUGCCAGAGCUUCAUGCUCCAGGCUGGGAUGUCAAUGCUCCCUCAGGCAAAUUGAAAAUGCCUAAAUUCAAUCUUUCAGGUACAUUACCAAAAGGACCAACUAUGGACAUAGACCCAGAUCUGAAAUCACCAGAUUUGAGUCUGAAAGCUCCAAAGAUGAAGGGUGGAAUUGAUGCCCCUGACUUGGACUUACCAAACAUGGGCCUCAAAGCUCCAAAGUUAGAUGUGAAUCCUCCAGAUGUCAACAUUGGUUCACCCAAAGGAAAAUUUAAAAUGCCAAAAUUCAAGCUUCCUAAAUUUAGUUUUCCAAGCCUAAAAGGACCUGAGAUCGAUCACAGUUUUGAUGGUCCAGACAUGGAUAUUAAUGCACCCAGUGUCAAUCUCAAAGGUCCUAAAGCUGAUUUAGAAAUGCCGACUGCUGAUAUCGCUGGGCCAUCGGGAAAAUUCAAGAAGCCAACCUUGAAUCUGCCUGACUUCAGUCUCUCUGGUCCAAACUUAGAUGGUCCUGACCUCGACCUCAAAUCCCCUGAUCUAGAUAUCUCUGGUCCCAAUCUCGGUGGCGGUAUAAAUGCACCAGACAUAAACAUGCCCAGGGCUGAUCUCAAAAGUCCUAAAUUUGACCUCAACACCCCAAAGCCCAACUUAGACAUGCCAUCAGGUAAACUAAAAAUGCCAGAGCUUCAUGCUCCAGGCUGGGAUGUCAAUGCUCCCUCAGGCAAAUUGAAAAUGCCUAAAUUCAAUCUUUCAGGUACAUUACCAAAAGGACCAAAUAUGGACAUAGACCCAGAUCUGAAAUCACCAGAUUUGAGUCUGAAAGCUCCAAAGAUGAAGGGUGGAAUUGAUGCCCCUGACUUGGACUUGCCUAAUAUGGGCCUCAAAGCUCCCAAAUUAGAUUUGAACAGUCCAGAUGUCAACAUUGGUUCACCCAAAGCAAAGCUGCAAAUGCCAAAAUUGAAAAUGCCAAAAGUUAAUCUGCCAAAAGUGAAUCUGCCAAACUUAAAAGGACCUGAGAUUGAUGGCAGUUAUAAUGGCCCAGACAUUGACAUCAGUGAACCCAAUGUCAACCUCAAAGGAUCCAAACCUGGCUUUGAAAUGCCAGAUGUUGAUUUUGGCAGCCCAUCAGGAAAACUUAAAAAGCCACAUUUUAAAAUGCCUGAUGUGGGGUUUUCUGGUCCAAACUUAGAUAGCCCAAACGUUGACUUCAAGUCACCAGAUCUUCAUGCCAAACUACCAAGAGGGCCGAAUUUGAACAUAAAUUCAGACCUGAAAACAGAUUUGAAUCUAAAAGCCCCAAAGAUGAAAGGUGGAAUUGAUGCCCCCAAGUUGGGGUCACCAGACAUGGACCUUAAGGCCCCCAAGUUAAAUAUGACCACUCCAGAUGUCAAUAUGGGUUUCCCUAAUGCGAAUAUCAAAAAGCCUAAAUUCAAAACGCCAGAUGGUCCCAAUAUUUACAUAGAUGGCGACCUACAGAGGCCAGACCUGAAUAGCCAAAAUGUAGAUGUUAAUGGUCCAAAAGGUAAAAUAAAAAUGCCAAGUUUAAAUUCACGAGACCUCAGUCUCUCUGGACCUAAUCUUUCAGGACCUAAACUGAAAGGCCCUGGUAUAAUUAUGCCAGACUUAGAUUUGCCUAAUGCCAACUUCAAAGAUCCCAAACUAGAUCUUAAUGCAAAACAUCCUGAUCUAGGAUUAAAUGGUAACAUAGGACAACCUGACCUGAACUGUACUGUCCCUCGAGUCAAAGGAGGAAUAAGAGGUCCAGACUAUGAAAUGAAUGUUCCCUCAGGAAGCAUCCAGGGUCCACAGACUGAUCUUGAUUUGGCAGACAGAAAAUUUAAACUCCCUUCUUUCAAGUUGCCUCAAUUUGGAGGCCCAGAUCUUAAUAGGACAGGGUCUGAUAUUGAUUUUGGUGCAUCUCUGAGACCAAGAGAUCUGGACAUUUCUCUUCCAAAUGCAAAACUGAACAUGAAACCACAACAGUUGAAGGGGAAUACCACAGGUCCAAAUUUUAGUGCUCCAAACAUGGACCUCAGCAUGCCGAAAGCAGCAAUGCGGAUUCCACAACGGCAUCUCAGAAAUCCCGAUCUUAACAUUGAUGAUCCUUCACUAAAUUUCAAAGGACCUUCUUAUAAGAAUCGCAGAUCAGAUGUCACAGGGGUAAACAUGAAAAUGCCUGUCCUGGAUGGAGAUGUCAGACUUCGUCACACAGAAAGAAAGUCACCUAGCACCAAAGUAAGGUCCAGCUACCCUCUGGUGGAUGCUCAUUUAGGCCACCAUCUUGAUUUCAACCGUUCAGAUCUGAACAUUGAUGAUUUCACAGGAAAGGAUCAUGUGCUCAGAGCCAGAGGCUCAAAAUUGGACCUCCAGGCAUCACGUUACUAUGGACAGGUGAUCCCCCCACCAGGUGUUAAUACUGACAUGAGAGACCCCAGACAUGCCAGAAGAAUUUCUCCUGGUGACACUGACAUAUAUGCAAAACCUAUGCGAACAAAGCCACCGGUACCUAAUUCACAUUUGCCACAUCUUUCUCAAGGUUCAAGAAUAAGAGUGCCUGAAAGUACAGAUGGAUACUUUGUCACUGUUUUUCCCACUCAACCACAAAAUCAAAAAAUGCCUGACUUUUAUCCAAGAAACGUGGACCUUGAAGUUCCAGGUGAAAAUGACAUGAAAGGGUCAACAUUCUUUUUCUCCAACCUCAUAUAGGUUUUAAACCACUGAUGUUUCCAUAAGCUGUAACAAGUUUUUGUGUUUGUAAGCUUUUUAUUUUGGGUUUAUUUAUUUCGACUUAAGAUGUUGUGUAUUAUUGUAUGAUUUAUGUUUAUGCAGUUUUGAAAUAUGUCACUUUCUGCCUCGUUUAAGAUUUUUUGUACGAUAUAUAGAGCCAGUCUUGUUGCUGUCAUGAUGCAGCCUCAUUAAAUGCAACAUUUUUGCACUUGUUUUACAUGUAAAUUCUGACUUUUUCACAUUUUGUUAUUUUCUAAUAUGUUUGUACUAUGCAAUACUCGUUUGAUGAGUAAAGGUAUCCUUUUGAUGUACAUUAAAGUUAAGUUAUGGCACCCAAAAUCCCCCAUUUCUUUCUCCAGUUUAAUAGGGUUUUAAUACUGAUGAUGAUUCUUCAGGAAGAAAUUUGUGUAUUUUGCAUUACAAGAUCAAAGGAUGUAAGUUGUUUUUUAUAUAUAAUAUAUAUUGUGUUGUUGUAUUGUAAUGUUGUAUCAACUGAAUAGUAAAAUAUCCAAAGUUGUGCAUAUAUUUAUAUUAUACUGUAUGUCUAUACUUUUGAAACGCCCACUUCAUUUUAUAUUCAUUGGGGAAGUGUAUGAUUGAGUUUACAUAUUUUUUACUAUGUAAUGAAGCAUGCUAAGUGCCAUGGGCCAAUUUAAAUGUGACCAUGAAACUACUAAAAUUGUAUCCACUGGACACACCAUAUACAUGAUUUUGUUAUGAUAUUGUGCAAAAAUUAAACAAGAAAAAAAAUUC